AUGACGGCUCACGAUUUCGCGAAUGGCUGGCAAAGGUCACUCCGCUUGCCCACAAAAGAUACUCCCACGCCUCCGCGUUCGCCAUCCCUGGCAGCGACCACUCGCGGCGGCAUCGUCGUAUUCUCCGGAGGCAGUGCUGCUAACAACCUAGUUGACGUCUUCGAUGAGAUUCGCGAGGCAAACCAGAACGCUCUAAGCUAUGUGAUACCCAUCUCGGACAAUGGAGGUUCCUCCAGCGAGUUGAUACGCGUGUUUGGCGGGCCAGGUAUUGGAGACGUACGAUCCCGCCUGGUCCGACUGAUACCUGAAGAUGGACCUGAGGCGAAAGCCACGAGGAACUUCUUCAAUCACCGAUUACCCAAGGAAUUCGGUCCCGCGAGACUAGAGUGGCUGGACAUUGUCGAAGGGACUCACGCACUGUGGAAUGGUAUCUCUUCCCCCAAGCGGGAGUUGAUCCGAAGUUUCCUCAAUUCUGUGAAUCAGGAACUGGUCAAGCGAUUGAGGCCUACGAGUCGGUUCGACUUCUCUGGUGCAAGUGUUGGGAAUCUAUUCUUGACUGGUGCUCGUCUCUUCACUGGUAGCUUCGAGGCAGCAAUCUAUCUCGUCUCCAGUAUUUGCGGCGUGCCGAGCACCGUUUCCAUACUGCCUGUGCUGAAUACCAACUUUGCACAUCACAUCGCGGCUGGGCUGGUCGAUGGCACGGUCAUUACAGGCCAGAACAACAUCAGUCACCCUAGUGCUCCCACCGCAGACGUAUCGCAUGUUCCAACCUCGCCAAGGCAACGACUGAGGAACGAGACUGAGGAACACGACAAGGUCGAAGAUGCCAACAUGCCGGGAACAUUGCCGGAUCUACGCAAACCAGCGAUAGCCUUCUCAAAGCAAGACGAAGAAGAGUUGCCGUCCAGGAUCGAGCGGCUGUGGUACAUCAAUCCUUAUGGUCAGGAGAUUACCAUUCCUGCCAAUCCUCGAGUGAUAGAAGCACUGAGGAAUUCGUCGUGCAUCGUCUACUCCAUCGGCAGCUUGUUCACCUCGAUCAUCCCUUCACUGGUCCUCAGAGGUGUUGGCGAGGCUGUCGCAUCUACAGCAAUCCCAACCAAGGUCCUCAUUCUGAACGGCACACUGGACCGCGAGACUGGACCUUCGUCAAACCCAUACACAGCCCUCGAUUUCGUUGCCGCCAUUGCAAAGGCGUGCUCUGACUCUCGCGGCUUACCAAGCCCAGAUCCGGACGAAUACUGGCGAUACGUGACUCACAUCAUCUACCUGGACGGCCCAACGUCACCAAAGGUCGAUAAAGAUGCCUUCAACAAGAUAGGCAUCGAGUCACUGCGUGUGUACGGGCGGAAAGACGGAAACGGGAAGGGAGGCCGAUACGAUGCCAAAGCGCUUACCCAAGCAUUGGAAGCAGUCAUCGGACGUAAAGACGCAAGAGGCAUCUCAAGACGUAACACGCUGGUGUUGUGA